CACGUUCCUCUCCGUGCCUCCCUCUCCCCAGCUCCCUGCGGCCUCUUCGGGCAGCGGUGCUGGAGCUGCGAGAAGACAGCGCCGUUAAGAGCCCGCCUCCGAGAAGCUCUUCCGGAAGCCUUGGAUCACUAAUCCGCAACCAGCCUUCCGGCCCCGGAGUAAUCCGCUCAGGCCCGGGCUCUCCCAACGCGGUAGGGAAGAGUGGCGUUUCCAGGGCCAGACCUCCUCGUCUCCCCGCUGCCCCGGGCAUCAGGCGAAUCCAGGACCACGUGAUCUGUGCUUGAGCCUGUGGAGGCGCCCGCGGCCAGUGGACAUUCCUUGGGCUUGGAACCUGUUCUUCGUACUCCUUUCGGUGAAGUUAGGGAAGAGGGCAAUUUUUUGGUCCCUUCGUUCAUUCAUUCGUCCAUUCUUUUAUUCUUUCCAAAAGCAGUUAUUGAGGCAUCAUGUGUGGUGGUUAAGAGUACAGACACUGAUUUUGAGGAACAAGGAAAACAUUGUUAGUCCUGUGGUGUGGCAGACACUAGCAUUUUUCUAAGUGGUCUUGAACAGACUACUUUUCACAUAAAUAACAGCUAGACUUCAUGUUUUUCACUUCAGAAGCCUAUAAUCUACAGUUGGCAGAGAUCUGAAACACCACUUUUAGGAUACCAUCUACAUUUGACUUGGAAACUCUUCUUAUUCCAAAAUGUUGAGAUACUGGGGCGAGAUACCAAUCUCAUCAAGUCAGACCAACCGAAGUUCCUUUGACUUGCUGCCACGGGAGUUCCGUCUAGUGGAAGUCCAUGACCCGCCCCUGCACCAACCCUCAGCCAACAAGCCCAAGCCCCCCACUAUGCUGGAUGUCCCGUCGGAGCCAUGCAGCCUCACCAUCCAUACCAUUCAGCUGAUCCAGCACAACCGGCGACUACGCAACCUCAUUGCCACAGCCCAGGCCCAGAAUCAGCAACAGACAGAAGGUGUAAAGACUGAAGAGGGUGAACCCCUUCCCUCUUGUCCUGGGUCACCUCCUCUUCCUGAUGACCUCCUGCCUUUAGAUUGUAAGAAUCCCAAUGCUCCAUUCCAGAUUCGGCACAGUGACCCAGAGAGUGACUUUUAUCGUGGGAAAGGGGAGCCUGUGACCGAACUCAGCUGGCACUCCUGCCGGCAGCUCCUCUACCAGGCCGUGGCCACCAUCCUGGCCCAUGCAGGCUUUGAGUGUGCAAAUGAGAGUGUCCUGGAGACCCUGACUGACGUGGCACACGAGUAUUGCCUGAAGUUCACCAAGUUGCUGCGCUUUGCUGUGGACCGGGAAGCCCUGCUGGGGCAGACGCCCUUCCCUGAUGUCAUGGAGCAGGUAUUCCACGAGGUGGGCAUUGGCAGCGUGCUCUCCCUCCAGAAGUUCUGGCAGCACCGCAUCAAGGACUAUCACAGUUACAUGCUACAGAUUAGUAAGCAACUUUCUGAAGAGUAUGAGAGGAUUGUCAAUCCUGAGAAGGCCACAGAGGACACUAAGCCUGUAAAGAUCAAGGAGGAACCUGUGAGUGACAUCCCCUUCCCUGUCAGUGAGGAACUGGAGGCGGACCUUGCUCCUGGAGACCAGUCACUGCCCAUGGGAGUCCUUGGGGCUCAGAGUGAGCGCUUCCCGUCUAAUCUGGAGGUUGAGGCUUCACCACAGGCUUCAAGUACAGAGGUGAAUGCUUCCCCGCUUUGGAACCUGGCCCACGUGAAAAUGGAACCUCAAGAGAGCGAAGAAGGCAAUGUCGCCGGGCACGGCGUGUUGGGCAGCGAUGUCUUCGAGGAGCCCAUGUCGGGCAUGAGUGAGGCUGGGAUCCCGCAGAGCCCCGAAGACUCAGACAGCAGCUACGGUUCUCACUCCACUGACAGCCUCAUGGGCUCCUCCCCCGUCUUCAACCAGCGCUGCAAGAAGAGGAUGAGGAAAAUAUGAAAGGAAGGGAGACUUUCUGUCCGGACCAAUAAACCCAACAAAACCCAAUGGAUUCGAGUUUGUCUCCACAGUGGAUUUUCCUGAGUUCAGUAGAAUGGGACUCAAGGAAACAAGUUUGCAUCUUACUCCUACGCCCACAGCAGCCGAGCCACCUCUCACAGAGGUCGUGACACAGGGACGACUUGCAGACCUCAGCUCCAGCUCUGACCCACCUCUACUGUGGACUGGACGCGUGGCUUAGCCUCUCCGGCUGUUCCUCUCGCACAGCUGAGAAUCAUCGUUCCCUCUGGCCAGUGUCGCGGGGCCCGCGAGAAUGCCGAGGUGUUAUUAAACCCCAAAGCUGUGCUUGAACAGACCCGCAAGUAAACGCGUGCUGGUAUCACAUGUCAGCUUUUCAUUUAAUUUGCUUCAUUUUUGGUUCAGUCGUUGGGAAUCCAGUACUAUUACCUGACAGGAAAUAGCUAAAUUCUUUACAACCUUUCCAUCAGGAGCCUUUUAAAUUCUUGUUGCCCAUGAAGUCUGUUAAAAUUGUCUGUGGUAACAGACUUUUUGGUUGUUCAGACAGCCCUAUCUCAGCCACUUAUUCUUGCUUUAGAUUUAUUCCAUCUGUUCUCAUCCUUUUUGUCUUUCUUAGUUCCACUCAGAUUUUUAAAAUAUAGUCAUACCUUGGUACUUGUUGGCUUCAGAACUUGUCAAAUCCUGUGCUUUUUGCUUUUUGCAUUUUGACAAGAAAAAAUAAAUCAGCAUUCAACGCUUGCUCUGGACUCAUCACACUUGCUAGAACUUGUGAGUCACAAUGCCACCUGCAGAAGGAAAUUUUUCGUCGUUUGGUAUUAGUUUCGGCACUAUCUCGAGUUCUGGAACGUAUUCAGGACGAGUACUGAGGUACCACUGUAUUUUUAUUGUAUUAUUUCAAGCUGUUUCUUUCAUUUUCCCCUUUCUGAAUGAAACAAACGGCCUGUCGAAGGACAGGCUUGUGCUUAUUCCAUGUGUUGCAUCUGCUUGGCCUUAGAGGACAGCAGUCCAUUCCUUUGCCAGAACUCUACAUCUGCACAUUAUGCUCCUACUGGAUGCACGGCCCCUAAAAUGAUAAUUGGUACCUUUCCACUUUGCAUGUCCCCAACAACUUCACUGUCGUUACCCACCACAGUACUGCCCUGCAGUCUCCGUCAGUCUUACAGUUAAUGGUGCAGCAGUGGGAUGACCAGGAGUCAGCAAACAUGUGCUUUGUGCCUUGGUAAUAAGUACCAGCAUGUUAAAUACUGCUGACGUUUGUUUUCCAGGCGCAGAAUGUGAGUCUUGUGAAAUUCAGGGCACUCCUUUAUUAAAGACCAAAAUCAAGGCACAGCUUAACUUAGUACACUCCUGAGUGCCUUAAAUGUCCCAGGCAUUGAGAAUAAAGAUGAAUGCAAUAGAAAGGCUAUAAUCUAAACUGUUACCAGAUUAUUUAUAAAUUUGCUAAUUGUACAUCCUUAGCACACUUAAUUUAAACCCUUUUCCAGGCUUAGCUUUGUUUGCCUUUUGUUUAUAAAAGUGGACAUUGGUUUCCAUACAGUAGCCAUCUAAUAUUUAAUUCAGUUAGGAAGUAUUUAUUGAGUACCUAUUAUGUGCUACGUCCUUUGCAAGGGAUACAAAGAUGAGUAAGACUUUGUACCUGCCCUUAUAAGGGCUGAUAGUGUAGGCCAUAUAUGUCAUUCUUUUUUUAAAAAAAUUUUAUUUGCCACUACCAUUUAUCCCUAUACUCUCUACCACUUCCACCCAUCCUCCUUCCCCCACAAUCCAUAAAAGUUAUUCUUUAAGGGAAAAGUAUUCAAAGGUACUAAGGGGAAAAAAAAAAACCCAGGUAUAUUCA